AUGACGACCCCGGCAGCAAUUUUCGACGCACUUAUCAUCGGUGCAGGUCCAGCCGGACUUUCAGUCGCUACUGGUCUUGCACGUCAACUGCACACCGCAGUUGUCUUCAACACAGGCGUGUUUCGCAAUGCAAAGACCAGACACAUGCACAAUGUUCUGGGCUGGGACCAUCGUGAUCCUGCGGAAUUCCGUGCACAAGGUCGCAAUGAUUUAUUGGCGAGAUACUCGACAAUCCGUUUCCUCGAUGUCGGGAUCGAGGCCGUAUUCAAAGGACCAGAUGGUCGCUUUGAGGCUAGAGACGUCAAUGGGCAGUCUUGGAAAGGAAAGAAACUUGUCCUAGCAACGGGAGUGAAAGAUGUAUUCCCCGACAUCGACGGUUAUGCGGAUUGUUGGGGACAGAGCAUAUUCCACUGUCUCUUCUGUGACGGGUAUGAAGAGCGCGGAGCAGAAUCAGCCGGCGUUUUAGCAACCGACCUCCUUGGAACGACCCACAGAGCCACGCAUGGAAUUCGUAUGGCAAAACGACUGACAAAGCAAGUCUCCGUCUACACAAAUGGAGACAACGAGUGGGCAUCGACGCUUCAGAGUUUGAUAGCCGGCGAUGACGGCUUCAAGAUUGACUCUCGUCCAAUUGCUAGGCUGGAGAAUAGUCAAACAGGAGCCGGAAUUGUGAUUUAUUUCAAGGAUGGCAGUCAUGUUAAAGAGGCAUUCUUGGCGCAUGCUCCUAAUUACGUCGUCAACGGGCCUUUCAUAGAAAACCUUGGGCUUGAAAAAACAGAAACCGGUGAUAUUAAAGUCUCUCCCAUGUUUAAUGAGACAUCCAUGUCUGGCGUGUUUGCUGUUGGUGACUGUGCCAAUCCAAUGAAGGCAGUGACACCAUCAAUCUCUAUGGGAACAGGAACCGCAGGCGCCAUUGUGAUGCAACUUCAAGGCGAAAAAUAG